UUAGGUUCUUCGGGAAGCCAUUUUGGAUUUUUUGAAAGAAUAGAAAGACGAAAUAAAAGCAAAAAAGGGUUACCAAAAUUUGGUAUUUUGGUGCCUUAGUAAUUUCGUAGCAUGCGUCUGUCAUUUCAGAUUCAAUAUUUAUAGCUAUGGCUGAUAGGCGAAAGCUACAAGGAGAAAUAGAUAGAUGUCUUAAAAAAGUAACAGAAGGUGUGGAGUCAUUUGAAGAUAUUUGGCAAAAGGUUCAUAGUGCUGCCAAUGCAAAUCAAAAAGAAAAGUAUGAAGCUGAUCUUAAAAGAGAAAUUAAAAAACUUCAGCGUCUGCGGGACCAUAUCAAGACGUGGUGUUCAAGUAGUGACAUUAAAGAUAAAAGAAUUUUGGUGGAAAACAGAAAGUUGAUAGAAACUCAAAUGGAGAGAUUUAAAAUCGUAGAACGAGAAACCAAAACAAAAGCUUACUCCAAAGAAGGACUUGGAGCAGCUGCCAAAAUGGACCCUCAUUCUAAGGAAAAGGGAGAUGUAACAAAUUGGUUAUCCCAAACAAUAGAGAAUCUGAAUUUACAGUUAGAACAGUUCGAAAGCAGGAUAGAACAGUUGACCACCAAGAAAAAGAAGAUGGACAAAGAUAAACAAGACAUAUUUGAAGAAUUAAAAGCUCAACAAGAUAAACAUUUGUUUCAUAUAAAACAGUUGGAAACCAUCAUGAGAAUGGUGGACAAUGAUGCUUUACCUAUUGAACAGAUCAAGAAAAUCAAAGAUGAUGUUGAGUAUUAUGUUGAUUGUAAUCAGGAUCCUGAUUUUGAAGAAAAUGAUUUCAUAUAUGAUGAGUUAGAUCUUGAAGACUUGGGUGCAGCUGUUUUAGCAUCCUCGCCACCAAAUGAUGACCAUUAUUCGGACAACAUUUCAGGCACUCCAACAUCAACAAACUCAAGUUCUCCUUCACCUAGUCCUAGUCUAUCUAUAAAUCAUUCCAAGGACAAUGAAGAAAAUGACAGGAAAAUUAAAAAGUCAAUCAAUGAUGAGAAAAAUAAAUCAAUUCCAUUGAUAUCAUCGCCAACGUCAACAAACUCCACAUCAUCUAAUACAUCCAGUAACCAUGGUAACAAUAACAAAGUAGUGACCACGCCUUCAAAAUUGUUUACAGGGAUUUCUCUAAAUGACAGUACAAACAGCAAUCAUCGCCAAGUUACUCCACCACCUUUAAUAACAAACUCAACGACGAUACAGCCAAGUAUGACAGAAAUAAAGAACUUACAAAACUCGUUAGAGCAUUCAGGAAUGUUGUCGACAAACUCAUCCUUAUUAACGAACUCUGUCUCAUUGAACUCUACAAUACCAAGAGCAUCGUCGCCGUCUUUGCUUAUCAAUAAUAUUUCUUCUGUUUCACCAAGUGUUUCAUUUAUUGGAUCAAGUAGUGCUAGUACUUUUGUAACCUCCAAUACUAAUGGUAGUAGUGUUAAACCGGAGGUCAAAAUGGUCAUGAAUGGACCUUUAAAUGCUGGUGGACCAUUAUUGAAACCUCAGAGUCUAACGUGGUAUAAAGCAGCAAGAGAGUCAUUGAGUUGUUCAGAGUCCAGUUCAGAAUCCAUGUCAUCUUUAAAGUCCAUAGCACAGCAAGCAGUAGUCAAUGCGGGUUUAGAAAAUCAGAUUCCUCCUCCAUCGUCAACGGAAACGGUGUCUAUAUCAACAGAAUCAAGGGUGCUGUUUAACAAUUCAGUGAUAACAUCAAUAGCACCUCAAGUUCCUCCACCGACUUCACCGUCACCGACUGACCAGCCGACACAGACAACCACAAUACGAUUGAAUCCUCUCCUAGGUGUUGCCCCUUUAGGGCCUGUACCAUUAAGUCGAGAACAUUUUUAUCAGUUAACAAUGUUAGAGGCUGCAUAUCAUCACCUGCCCCAUCCGUCUGACUCUGAAAGAAUUAGACAUUAUCUUCCUCGUCAUCCGUUCCCUACGCCGACAUAUUACCCACAACUUCCACCUCCUCAUGCAGACUCAGUGGACUACUUCUUUCAACGAUUAUCGACAGAAACAUUAUUUUUUAUUUUCUAUUAUAUGGAGGGUACAAAAGCUCAAUAUCUGGCAGCAAAAGCUUUGAAAAAACAGUCAUGGAGAUUUCAUACCAAAUAUAUGAUGUGGUUUCAACGGCACGAAGAACCAAAGACUAUCACUGAAGAUUUUGAACAGGGCACAUAUAUCUACUUUGACUAUGAAAAAUGGGCCCAGCGGAAAAAAGAAGGUUUCACCUUUGAGUACCGAUAUCUGGAAGAUCGAGAUUUAAAUUAAUGAGCUGAUGUCCAAACAAACUAUUGUUAACGUGGAUCUGUUUUAAACUGCCAUUUGAGUCUGAUGAGCCACAUUGUGUGCAGUAAUGACUUGUUACUAUGGUAACUUGUUACCCUGAAUGGUAACCUGCUGCAGUCUUUGCAGGGACAAUACUGCAUUGCAGUCAAAAUUAUUGUGAUAUGGAUGAAUGGGAGAGCAGGGAAGUGGCCACAUCUCUGAUCUCACAAACAUUGAUGGAUUAUCUCCCCUUCUCAUUUACAUAUGUAAAAUUGACAACAAUAAUGCUAUGAAGUUUGCAGGAGAGGUAAUUCAUUGAUGUUUCUCAUUUUCAUGGUUGAAUGGUCGUUAUGAAUGUCAAGUUUCAUUUUCAUGGUUCAUUUUAUAUGCAAAUGGUUGUUGAAAAAAAUAGAUGUUCAACCAAAGUUCUGCUCAACCGUGAAAUGUCUGCUGAGUUUGUCUAUGUGCUCUACUGAAUGAUAAGUCUCUACUAAUCAUAUGAAAGACUAGUCCUUUAAAAGAAGCAGUAACCUAAAGAUGUUGAAUUUUUUCCCAUUAUUUGUAUUUUAUCGUAAAUGACAAUCUAAAAUGAGAUUCCAGUCUCAUCUUUUUCUAUUGAAAUAAACGACAAAAAACCUAAAUCAGAAAAUUUUAGUUUCCAAUUCGUACAUGUAAAUUUGUUAAGAAAUUUGGAAAUUUAAAUCUUCUGACCUUACAUUAAGUAGUAAAACCAUGGACAAAAUGUACUCUUCAUUAUAUUAUAAUUAUUUUAUGCAAUGUGCAAUCAAAGCUAUUACUUAAACACACAUAAGUAUAAUGUAUAAUUUGCCACAGAAUGUUUUCCAGUGGAUAUUUUUGGUCGAAACAAUGAAAUCCUGUUAUAAGUGCUAUAGUACAGAUGAAUGGUUGUAUAAUUCCUAGAAAAUUUAACUAGUCUUUGAAAAAAAUACAAGUGCUGCAUAAUUUUGUCAUUUUUGCUAAAUAAAUUUUUUCUUAGGUCUAUAUUUUAAUUUGGAAACAUUUUAGAAAAUUUUGUUUGUUGAAAGCAUUCUGUAUAUACGUUAUUACAGUUUUUGUGCAAUGAAUUGGUUUUUAUUGUCUUAGUAGUCAAAUUAUAGUUUAUACAAGUUAUCAAUUUUGUUUAAAAAGUAAAGAUAAAUGUUUGAUUUUGCAAUACCGAUUAUUAUCUCAGUAUUAACAUGCUUUUACAGUCAAUAGACUCCUUGUUAUAACACAGCAAACUAUGUAAGCUUUCUUCUUUAUCUAUAUCAUACUGUAACCAUUACUAUAUCAAAAUACAUCUUGGCCAAUAUUAAAUCGGGAUCAAAAAAUUCAUUUAGAAUGAAAAUCUUUUUAAAAAAUAUUAGGAAUUUCAAAAAAUAUUUUAAUUCAUUGUGUAGAAAUGAAUUUUGUCAUUGGUCUUAAUUUUGCUAUUCUGACUCUAAAAAAAAACACUUGGGAGAUGUAAAAUUUGUUAUUCUAAGAUUUUAACUGUGCUAAAGUCUUUGUUUUCACACCGUUAGGUAUCUUGAAAUAAUUGUUUUCACUUUGAUUUUAAUUCCUUUACCUCAGAUACUUAAGAAAUGUAACAUAAUUUAUAGAAAGAAUUUUACAGUAUGUUUUGGAAAUGAAUCUGUUUGAAUAUGAUAUGUUGAGCUAAACUAAGGUUACAGUAACUUGAAUAUAUAAUGAUAUACUUUGAGCUAAUGGUAAUGUGACUGUUAACACUAACUCUAGUGACAGGUGUUUGUAGUAUAGGCUAAUCAUUCACAAUGACCACCGUUACUCAUGGUUAGAAUCAUUGGCCUAUAUUGACCACCUGUGUCAUAUGGAUAGUGUUGACAGACAGAAUUGUUCCAUGGAUUCUAACAACACCAUAUUUCGUUUGACAGUGGAGCCUAUUCUAUAAUUCUGAUGCUAAGAUGGGGAGAUGAUUUCUAAUUCAUUCAUGUUAUCUGAUAGGCAUUUAUAUAAAGGCUGUGUAGGACGCACAGGUAUUGGUGUACACAAAUUUUUUUAUCAAUAAUUUUGUUUAAUAUAUUUUUUUGAGGAAAUUCUAAAGUUCUUUUGUCAAGUUUACAAAUAUUUUUCUUCAAGUUCUUUUUUGUUCAAAAUAGGGGGUUAAUUUUGUGAGCUGUGCUCAGGGUUUAAUUUUUUGCAAACCACAGUCUAGUCAUUUUGGCAUUUUGUGAUGAAGCAGGAAAGAAAUUUGAGAUUAUCUCCCCUUGAAA